CCUCAGACCCUACCUUAGCUUUGCUAUUGGUGGGAUUUACCAAGUAUGAUGAUGAUGAUCCUUUUAAAGUAGUGUUCUUUAAAAGCGUCUAAUUUCGACUCCAAACAUAACAUCUGUUGUGUGCUAGAUAAGAAAUUGUCUAAAAUAGAACCGUUUAAACCUAUCUUGGAUUUCAUGGAUCGUAUACGCAUCAAGAAGGCGCUUACGGAUCAACAUAAAGCUUAUCGAUCGCACAUUGAACACUUCUGGCAAAACGCCAAAUUCAUCGCUGAUCCACCAUCGAUUCAGUCAUUUGUAAAAGUUGGAAACGAGGACGUUGAGGUGGUGAUUACAGAGGAUUUGAUCAGGAGGGUGUUAGAUUUCGGUGAUCGACCUGAAGAUCCAACAGGUUAUCCUGCAAGGAUGGUCAAAGGUUGUUUUUAUAGGAUGGGUUACACCGGACAUGUCAACGAAACAAAUUUCUCAAAAGCUGAAGCACGAGCACGAAAAGCUGUUGCUGGAUCUGAAGCUGCUAAUGCUAAUAAGGGAAAGGAAAAGGUGGAUGCUGUACCUGAAAUCAGACCCGAGCCUGAAGCAGAACCUGAAUCUGAACCGGUUGAUAUCACACAGUUUGUUCUCAUUGGUGAAGCUUAUGAUGUGUCUUAUGAGACAUAAAAAGAAUGAAGAAAGGAUUGCGGCAAUCGUGAAGAAAACGUCGAUCAAAAGAUUUCAAUUCAUGAACAAGCCGAUUUUGUAAACUAUGCUACUGUCGUAUAUAUGUAACGUUGUAUACAAUGCAUGGAUAGUCCCUGUGGUUUGGUGAAAUUUCACCUUUAGUCCUCAACUUUUCAAAAUUACACUCUUAGUCCCUGUGGUUUUACAAGUU